GUGUCUCUGUGUUGCCCCCUGCUGGUGGAGUAUGAUAGUAACCUGGCAGCCCAGUUGGCUGUCAGCAUUAUCACAGUCUUCUCAGUUCACCACAUCUAACGUUAGCCAACUAAAUGCGUUAAUGCGAUGAACCGGGAAUUUAUUGACCAUGGCUAACCUUCGGAUUUCGUUAGCCGUCGCGGUGGUCCAGGCUGUCCUGUACAGAAGCUCCGAGGCUCUUUGGUGUAACUGCACCACUGCCCAGUGUGAGAAGACUGGUUCCCGAUGUGAGACAGAUGGAGCCUGCAUGGCUUCUACGUCCUUCAUUAAUGGCCAAGAGCAGCACAUCCGUAUCUGCAUCACGCGGGACAAUCUUGUGCCCCCUGGACAGCCGUUCUACUGCCUUGGUGCAGAGGGCUUGCUCAAUAUCCACUGCUGCUACACUGACUACUGCAACAGCAUUGACCUCAAAGUUCCUUCAGGAACUCCACCAGGAGUAGACAAAGGCUAUGGCCCAGGUGGGACAUGGGGACUGGUGGAACUAGUCGCUGUGAUUGCAGGGCCGCUGUUCCUGCUGUGUCUGCUGCUGUUGGUGGGCAUGUUCCUGUAUCAGUACCACCAGAGAGCCUACAACCAUAGACAGAGGCUGGAGGUAGAGGACCCCUCCUGUGACCACCUUUACCUGCCCAAAGACAGGACUUUACAGGACCUCAUUUAUGAUCUGUCCACAUCUGGUUCAGGCUCAGGUCUGCCUCUGUUUGUCCAACGGACUGUGGCCAGAACUAUUGUCCUGCAGGAGAUCAUAGGUAAGGGGCGUUUCGGGGAGGUGUGGCGCGGACGUUGGAGGGGUGGAGAUGUGGCGGUGAAGAUCUUCUCAUCUAGAGAAGAGCGUUCCUGGUUCCGUGAGGCUGAGAUCUAUCAGACCAUCAUGCUCCGACAUGAGAACAUCCUGGGCUUCAUAGCUGCUGACAAUAAAGAUAAUGGCACAUGGACUCAGUUGUGGUUGGUGUCGGACUACCAUGAGCAUGGCUCUCUGUUUGACUAUCUGAACCGCUACUCUGUCACUACUGAGGGAAUGAUCAAACUAGCACUAUCAGCUGCCAGUGGCCUUGCACAUCUGCACAUGGAGAUACUUGGAACACAAGGAAAGCCAGGCAUUGCCCACAGAGACCUUAAGUCUAAGAACAUCCUUGUGAAGAAGAACUGCACCUGUGCUAUAGCUGACCUGGGUCUGGCUGUCCGCCAUGACUCUGCCACUGAUACGAUCGACAUUGCCCCCAAUCAGAGAGUUGGCACCAAGAGGUACAUGGCUCCAGAGGUUCUGGAUGAGACUAUCAACACGAGACACUUCGAUUCAUUCAAAUGUGCUGAUAUCUAUGCGUUGGGGCUGGUUUAUUGGGAGAUUGCACGCCGCUGCAACAGUGGAGGUAUCCAUGAAGACUACCAGCUGCCCUACUUUGACCUGGUACCUUCUGAUCCAUCCAUAGAGGAGAUGAGGAAAGUGGUGUGUGACCAAAAGCUACGACCCAACAUCCCAAAUUGGUGGCAAAGCUAUGAGGCCUUGCGAGUCAUGGGUAAAAUCAUGAGGGAGUGUUGGUAUGCUAAUGGAGCCGCUCGCCUGACAGCUCUGCGAGUCAAAAAGACUCUGUCCCAGCUCAGCAUUCAAGAAGACAUUAAAGUCUGAGUGAAGACGGCGGAGCGCAGAGAAUGAGCACAGAGCAGAGAGUCUGGCUCUACACUAUAGGCCAGUGGUCAGAAGGGGGCGGGCCCUUCUAUGGAGAAUGCACAAAGUAAGAGAAUAUGAUGAAGAGUGGCACUUUGUAAAAUAUUAGUCCAUAGACACUCCUGCCAGUUUUGAAGCCACUUGAUUUCUGACAAACCCUACCUCGCUUACCCAGCCAAACUACCAAGAACACCUUUUCCUGUGUUGUCCACAGCUACUGCUGCCCUUCCUGAACCUUUCUGUUCCUAUCUUGAAUGCAGUCAAUACCGGAAUAUGUAAUUAUCCAGUUAAGUUUUUAAAAGUCAUUUGCUAAUUCAGAGUUUCUUUGUUUGGUUUUGCUUGAUAGUUAAUGAUUAGCAUUCAUUCUUAUUGUCUCGGAGGGUUAGGGGUGUUUUUAACUUAUUGUGUUAUUUAAAAUGACUAUAAUAUACAAUAUAUAAUAUAUGGGUGUUUGUGAGGCUACUGUGUAGGUUUCUCUAUGCCACACCUCUCUCACACAGGUAAAUGGCAAACAACAUAUAUAUAUAUAUAUAUAUAUAUAU